ACGUGAUAUAUACUGAAAAGUCUCUUUGAUAUACCGCCAUAGUUGUGUAUUAAGAACGGAUUAGCACGAGUUACCGAUAGUAUAUUGCCGAUUUGUUCCUUCAAACUUCAGAUUUAUCGCCAAAAUAUGUCUGAGGAAGUAGAAACCGACGUUUUACGAUGAUUGCAUGUGUUUUUCUUUUGAGUAUCCUAUUUUCACAUGUUACUGGAAAGGAUAAAGCGCUAUUGGAUAUAGUUAUGCAUAAAAGUGAUCGCAAUGGAGAAUACACCACCGAGGUAGAAAAGCUGCUUGGACAUUUUACCACAGCAGGCUCCAUGGUCAGUGCUGAGGGACAGGUUUUCCAGAUCCACCCCUUGAGUAUCUGCAGCAAUGAACUCAACACAGAGAAAUUUGAUUAUGGAUGGGUCGGUGUAAUGAGACUGGAACAAAUGGACACACAAUGCAUGUCACUUUUUCAACAGGCCAUGAAAGCCAUAAGGAAUGGUGCCACUGCUGUUAUAUUUGACAUCUCUGAAGUACCACAGGCUGCUAGACAGUUGGAAAAGACACCAGAGAUGCAGUUGGAUAGACCAGUAAUAAUAAUACAGGGGGCCCACGCAAAGAAACUGAUGAACAUCAUCCGCACAGUCCAUGAUGCCAGGGCUAGAAUCAGAUCUAAGCAUGUGGAAAUUAAUUCGAGCAAUAACAAAGAAUACUUUGAUAUGUGGAUAUUUGUGGCAGUGUUCGUCUUUGUCUGUUUCGCCAUUGUGAUUAUAGUUAUUAAGAUUAAAUGGAAACACAGGGAAAAUCAGGUAUCGAUGCCAGAAUUGGCCAAAAGAGCAAUAUCAAAGUUAGAGACCAGAAAAUACAAGUUCCCCUCCCCUGAAGUGGUGAGAGUUCCCUCCCCUGUUUCAGAUGUCUACAGCUCUGGGUCGGGACUGGAGCAGUGUGCAAUAUGUCUGGAGGAAUACAAAGAAAGCCAGAUUUUACGAGUCAUGCCAUGUUCACACGAGUUUCAUAGAGACUGUGUUGACCCUUGGCUGGUCGCCAACAGAACCUGUCCACUCUGCAUGUUUAAUAUUGUCGCCAACGACACUGCUGAGCAGCCGGUUCGUUCCAGCGAAAGACCAGACAAUCAGCCUACGACUCUUUAUGAUCCCAUUCCUCAGCAUGUUAAUCUUCAAAGAAAUCCAAUGUUUGAUGUCUAUCAGCAACUGUCACACCCAAGUUACCUCCAAUAUAUGCAGCCUAGUAUCUCUGGCGACCAGAAUCAGAGAGCCCUCACAACCCGAACUGGAAUUCGUAGAAAACCAUCUGUUCCAAUCCAUAAUGGCUGUCCUUCCUGUGAAGGGACUGUUGGAGCUUCUCCAUCUUCAGGGAACUUUUACUUGAGAGAAUACUGUCCAGCAUUCUCUAAACCUUGUUUUCAGAGGCCUUGUGUAUACCAUAAUUAUCCCAAAUACUCAAAACAAACAUAUCAUCACAAGCACUGUUGUUAUAGAUACAUGGAAAAAGGGUUAGUUUUUCACUGUUCUCAAUCAACACAUCAAAUUCAUCACUGUUCAUUUCCUAAGUGUUCGUCUUCUUACAAUCACCGGAAAGCAUGCUAUCAGCACCAUAGGAAGAGCUUAUAUGACUACAGCAGGAACAAGGUCUGUCCUUACCGGUGUCCUCAUUGGAGGCUCUCUGCCAAAGCGGGCGAAAGUGAUUCAGAAAGUUCCACUGCCGACAGUGGAAAGAAUGUUAGUAUCAUGGCUGUGUAUGGCAGCUGUAGCAGUACAGAUAGUUCCCAAAGAAAUCCAAGUGUGGACAGUUUGGAGCAUGAAGUGUGUCGGUUUUGUAAUCCACUGGAUAGCAAUCAUUCAACAUACGGAAGUAGUGACCCAAGGGAAAUGACAGAUAGCAGUAGUUAUGACUCUAAUGUAUUUGCUCCAAUAGAUCAGACCAAUAGCAGUUCCUUCCCCUGUCCUGUGGAAGCGGUGCACAUAGAGAGAGACAGUGGCAGUCAUGUGCAGGGCAAAUCUAUCCUGGAGACAAUGACAACUACACAGUGCUUAAAUUUUAAUCCCGAGUGGGAAAAUGAAAAUAUGUGUAGUUGUACUUCUAGUAACAAUGAAGGGGACGACCAUUCCAAAGAGAGUGACUCGACAUUAAAUCUGAGUGAAAUUGGUGGUGCAUGUCCCAGUCUGACGAGUUCCAUAAACACUUUGGAUGGAGCUCCACUACUUUGUCAUUGUGAUUCUUCCGAUCUCUCGUUAAGCGAGAUUUCUGGAAUUAGUGCAUAUAUUAGUACUGAAAACCUUUACUCUGAAACUAGUCAUACUCUAACAAAUGAACCCUUGAUACCAAAGACUGAGAAACCUGAGGACCAUAAAGCAUGGUCUGUUUCUUGUGAAAAUUUAGCUUCUGUAUCACAAAGUGAACAUCCAUGCCCAUCAUUGAAUUACAUGAGAUUGCACAAUACUUUCAGCAUGUGUUCAGCUGAACAAACUUCUGGCUGUGAUCAAGUUGUUAAUCCUAACUACACAGGCUACACAGAGACAACCAGUCAAUUUUCACUAGGGAACCAGUUUCAAACCAGUUCCCAGUCUAGUUUGCCAAAGCAGUCCAUGGUGAUAUACUCUGAACCAGAAGGAAUUUGCAAAGUGUCAACAGAACUUUUCCAUCCGCAGGAUUUGUUGUAGGAAAUCUCUUCAACUGUGAACAAUUUCAUGCAAUUUAAAAGUUUAAUGUGAAGCGAGACACUAUAAGCCAUUUGAAUGAAUACUGGACUAUAUAUAAAAGUAUAUACUCAACAGUGUUCACAAGUCACUUGUUCCAAUACUCUUAAUAAGCUUACUGCUGUCAAAUUUAGAAGAAAAAAGUGAAAAAUCAUGAUAUUACAGAUUUCACUGCCCAUUUUAGUAAGCAUGCUGUCCAGUUUGCAACAAUCUUCCUGCAAGAGAGACUAAACGUGUGGACUGCAUGUAUAUUUAUAUAAAAAAAACAUAUUUCUGUUGAUAUAUGAAUCGUUAGUGUUUUGCAUUUAUUACAUGUAGAAAUCAACAUCAAACUCUCUGCUUACCAUGUACCUACCUCUUGUAUUGUACGACAAUACUCUUUGUCCCUGUCAUUUCCAUACAAGGCCAGUAACACUCAUUUGUUUAACUAAAACAUCCAGUUCAUGUUCCUGUACAGUAUUCUCCUACAGGGUCCCAAUGACUAACUAUCAAGAAAUUGUAAUAAUACUUUCACUCGUCCGUCUGCAUAAUCUGGGAUUUUCGUUCAUAUUUAUUUGUGGUUUUUUUUGGAUUAUCGCAUAUCAACAGCCAUUGUGAUACUAGUAUGAUGACAAAACAAUUUCAUUUAUUGUCAAAUCAGGUUGUAGUAUCCAUAGUUUUAAGUAAAGCAAGCAUUCGCCAGAUUUGGCCGUAGACUUGCAGACAUUUUGUUUAAACAUAAUGGAGACAACUCAAUGUAACAAUAUUGUGUACUUGCCAUUUCAUCUGUUGUUUACAGAAGGCACUUCGCUGUGCAUUAUUUUUUAACAGGGAUGAAAAAAAUUAACCCAAUAUCUGACCAAACUUGUGGGUAAAUAAAAUGCUUGUCCUUAAAGUUUGGUACGUUAGCUCUUGCUUGUUAAAUUACUUUUGUUUAAUGUUUAUGAAUCUACGCAUAAAAUUUGUACAGAUAAUUUUUUUCUCACAGAAUUUCCAAAGUAUUUACUUGUAGCAUUGAAAUGCUUUACAAAUGCCUGUGAAACAGAUAGGGGCAUCUUGUGUACACACAAAGUAUGCAAGUUCUUUCUUUAACAGUAAAUCCAUGUAAUGAAAUCCAUGUAAUGCAUUUCCCCCACGUCAAAUCCAUGCAAGUCAUGGCAAUGAUAAAGUAUGUAUUAUGCCUAUCAAUUUGUUUGUUUAAAAUUCACAAAUGUUAAAAACCAUUAAGAUAUUGUAUUUUUUAUUUCAUGCAAUACAACAUUGUGUAAAUAUGUUUAUGAUUUACAUAAUGCAAUAAAAUACCAAGUUUAAUGAAAA